UGCUGAUCAUAUAUACACAGAUGCUUCUAAGAUGUCUGACAAUGGGUGUGUUGGCAUUGGUGUACUUCACACCCAGUCUAAUAUUUACCAAAAAAUAAAGUUGCCUCCAGAGUCCUCUGUGUACAGUGGCGAGUGCUUUGGAAUUCUGAAAGCAAUAGAAUUCAUCAUUAUAAUGCAUCUUAAAAAAACUAUUAUUUUCUCAGAUUCUCUAAGUUCACUUCAGGCAAUAGCUAAAUUUCCUUUCAAAUCUAAAUCUAAUAACCCAAUUAUUUAUCAAAUCCGUAGCCAACUGUUAAAAUGUCGUCUUAAAGGGUAUUCGGUUUCCAUUGCCUGGAUCCCUGGACACAGAGGGAUUAAAGGCAAUGAAAGGGUGGAUGACUUGGCUCGAGAUGCCAUUAGUUCUGGGGACAUGUUUCCGUUUAGGAAUGUUGCUGAAGACCUGUUGGCACUGCCUAAAUUAUAUCUAAGAAUGGAAUGGACAAAAUUAUGGGCAUCUGGUGCGGGUGCCGCUGCGUUACAUUAUCGUAGCAUACAAACAACAAUUCCUGCCAAACCUUGGUUUGCUAAAAUCUCUUUGCCAAAGCCUGCAACUAGUAUGUUGAUUCGUAUGAGAUUGGGCCAUGUAUGUACACCGGAACACCUGAAACUACAAAAUCGUGUGGCCAGUUCUGCAUGUAUUUGUGGAACUGAUCCCGCUGAUCUUAAUCAUAUCCUUUUUUCUGGUAAUUGUAACCUAUAUGACCGUUCUAUAUUAUUAAGACAGCUGUCAGAUUUAAAAGUUCCGUUUCCCACAUCUAUUACAACACUCCUGUAUAUUAAUGAUUCAUCUCCAUAUAUAUUUAAAUCAUUGUAUUCUUUUAUUUCACGUCACAACAUUAAACUUUAAAUUAUUUGAAUUAUUAACCUUUUCCUGAUCCUUUUCCAAAAUUCCGUCCUACCCGUUUUAAUGUAAUCCUUAAUUCCGUUUCCCCGUUUUACUCGUCUGGCUGAAUGCGCCAGGAGCGCGAAGCCAUUAAAAAAAAAAAAAAAAUAAAAAAAUAAAACGUCAUGUCAACUUUAGGGCGUAGGUUAGAUUACAUGCUUAGAACGUAGUGAUUAUAUGCUCUUUGGAUUACAUUCAUGGAGUAGUUUAUAUAUAACUGACGUUAUUAAAUGCAGUUUACGACAUUCGAUAUUCAUUGAUUGUAUUUGUGUUCUUACAAAAUUAACGAUGGUUUCCAAGUCAAAAACUGGCUUGUUUGCGCUAGGUUUUUACGCUUUAGCGUCCUUCUUUAUUAUAUUGGCUUUUGUAAGUCCAUACUGGUUGGUCACUGACGGGAAACUUAAAAACCCUAAGUUUAUACAAAUUGGUUUGUGGCUGGUAUGUUUCAAUGGAUUUCAAGAGCCGCACCACUGGUAUGAUACAGUGUUCACUGGUUGCUGGUGGGUGUUUGAAGAGGAGUACUAUAUCAUCCAUGACAUACUUCUCCCAGGAUUCUUCAUAGCUACUCAGUUCUUCUUCACUAUAUCACUGUGUACUGUGCUUGUGUCUCUAUUCCUGGCAUAUCUCUAUUUGCAGAAAGACAAUGAUGAUGAAAACUAUUUGACUCUUUUGGUGACACUGGGAACAAUACUUGUUAUUGGAGGAUUUUCUGGUAUUAUAUCUGUGGUGACGUUUGGAGCGAGGGGUGAUGGCCGUGACUGGAUGCCGAACUGGGAACACAAUGAUCUCGGCUGGGCCUAUGCCAUGGGUGUUAUAGGAGUUGUCAUGCUGUUUCCAGCAGGCAUUCUGUUCUUGGUUGAAGCCAGGGUGCACAAGUAUAAGAAACUACAUGAAAUGCAAAGUCGUGAGCCUUCCUCAUACACAAUGCAUGAAAGGAAGUUUGGUUAUGCUGGAGGACACACAGAUAUUUAAUUGGCUGUAAGAAUUUUUAAUUAUAGACUUAUGUAAGUAGAUUAGUCAUAUAUAAGUAUAUGUAAUUAGUUGAUAACAAUAAUAGACUAAGGUAUUUUUUCUUAUGUUUGACUCCGUCCAAGUUUUACAAGAAUCUCAUGUACAAAAAUUAUACUUAUGUUUAUGCAUAUUUAACAUUGUUGACAGUCACCCAAUAUUUUGGCUCCAGUGACUUAAAUAAAUGUCAAAUAUCAUCACUACCUUGAAGAAAACUUGUAUUUUAUUCUGUUAAUAUGGUAACUAUGUGUGGAUUGCAUACAUGUGUGGAUUAUACUGUCUUUCAACUUUGAGUAAUGGUUUGAUGGUGUGAGGUACAAGAUUUUUUCAAAGCAAUCACAAUAUGUGCUAUUUGUAUUAUAAAAUGAAAGUUCUCUUGCCUUUGUUGUAAAGAUUGCAAAGGACAAUAAAAUAAUCUUAUUAAGUAAGAGAGAAUGAUUUUUAAAAUAUGACAAAAACAGUAAUAAAUAAUCAUAUUUAUGUCUAGGGCUGGGCUCAGUUUUAUAAGACUUGUUUUAGACUUAUUAUGAGUCGAGCCCUUUUUCAAUAUAUUUGAAUAUAACUAACAAUUUCAAUGUAAGUAAAAAACUUUUCUAAUAAAAUACAUAAUGAGUAUUAUGACUGAAUUGCAGUCUUUCCUGAUAAAAACUCCAAUAAAAACUGAGUCGAGUCUUAAGAUUGAAGACUCCAAGGAGUUUAUUCUUUAUUAAUACUAUGUGUGUAUUUGGGUUAACUGAACAUGGGUAGAUUUGUGAACUUUCAUUAAAAUAAGUUUGUUUUGUGUUGGCCACUGUUCAUACACCAUGGGCUUGUAAUAACAGACAGAUUUUAAAGGUGUAUUCUUGACCGCAUUUAGAAACUAAAAUGUCAGUUUUCUGAAAUUUUGUUUCUGUAAUAACUUAGUGGAAAACGCCUAUUUGGCUGCUACCCUGCCACUAUGUGACUUGGUUUAGACAUACCUAAUCACCAGGCAUCAGAGUUUUUAUGGCACAGUAAGACAAAUAGCGAGUUAUGGAGUCGAUAUUAUCAAUAAAAUCACUCAUAUUCAUACUCAUUCAUUUAUUUAAUUAGUGAUUUUAAUGUUACAAGGACAAUAAUGUUUGUAAACAAUCCUUUAAUUUUGUCUUUCAGGACAUAAAUAUUACAGACAAGAAUAAUAACCAUUUUUUUUGUAUUGAUUCAUUUAUAUUCAUAUUAUUAUUACCUCUUAUAAUAACAUAUUGUUUUCUUUAUUAAAUUUCGUAAUAUAAUCAAUAAGUACAAAAAAUGGUAAUUAUUCUUAUUUGUAAUAUUUAUAUAUUCAUUGACAAAAUUAAAGGAUAGUAUAUAACUCGUCAAAGUUCUAUUCCAUUAAAAUCACUAAUUAAAUAAAUAAAUGAGUAUGAAUAUGAGUUUCAAUUUAUUGCUAGUGUCCACUCCACAUGCUAAUGACAGACAUAAAAGUUUUGAAGGUAACUCGCAAUUUUUAUCUGUAAAUAAAAUAAUCUUAUUUGUUGUAAUGUUUUUUUUUACCAAGAUGUAAAAAUAAAUAAAUUGAAGUGUGCGAAAAAAGCAAAAAAAUAAUUUUUUACACAACAUUUAUUGUUUAUAACCUCAGGAACGCGAGGUUAAAACCGGUCGGGUCUUACCGCCCAUGGUGUAUAAGUAAUUAAAUCUGUUUCCAUAAUUAUUAAGUGCCUUAGCAUAGAUGUAUGCAGAACUGUUAAAUGCAUUUUUACUUCUAGUAGGUUUGAGUAAGUAAUAAAACAUUUUUACAUAUUUA